AUGUCCUUCUCAAAGGGAAUAGAAUAUGUGCUCUUUGAUAUGGAUGGUUUAAUGAUUGACUCUGAAAAAAUAUACACUGACGUUACUAACGAAAUACUGGCUAAGUAUGGUAAAGAAAUGACAUGGGAUAUCAAAGCUGGCUGUAUGGGCAAACCUGAAAAAGAAGCUGCACUAUAUCUACUCUCAUUCUUCCCUGAAAUAUCGCUCCGACUAGAAGACUAUCUAACUCAACGCAAUACUCUACAAGAUCUUGCUUGGCCGACAGUUCCUCUCCUCCCAGGCGUACGGAAACUCGUUCUUCAUCUCAAGAAACACAACAUUCCCAUAGCUGUUGCCACCGGUUCGCGUAGAAGGAAUUACGAAAUGAAGACCAGCCAUCUUAGUGAAGUUUUUGGUUGCUUUGAAGGCAAUGUCGUCUGCGGUGAUGAUCCGAGGUCUGGUAUGAGGUCAAAGCCGGAUCCAGAUAUCUUUUUGGUUGCAGCAAAAGAGACCCUUGGCAGGGACGUUGGACCCUUGAAAGGCGAGGAUGAAAAAGGUGUAGAGGUGACUGACGCGCAAAGGAUAGAAAGAGGAAAGGGUUUGGUAUUGGAGGAUGGAUUGCCGGGGAUGCAAGCAGGAAAAAGAGCGGGAAUGGCUGUUGUAUGGGUUCCGGAUGCCAAUCUUUUGGAUGUGAACUACUCGGGCAAUGAAAAGGCGGAUCAGAUUUUGAAAUCGCUGGAAGAUUUCGUACCGGAGGAAUGGGGAUUACCACCAUAUGAUCCAUAG